AUUACAUUGUUUUUUAUUUCAGAAAGUAAGGGGUCGUUUUACUUAUUCUUACAUCUUUAGAAAGAAUCCACGCAGAACAGCUCGCGCUUUUCCCUUUUUGCGCGGUCACCAUCACAAAGAACUGCUCGGUCUCUCAUUGGCUGCUUCUUCAGCACCUGCUAACCCUCCUCGUUUUGGAACGCCUCGCGCCACCGCCUUCGGACAGAGCGCGGGAGCAGGAGCCACCUGUUGGGACCAGCACGCGGUGACGGGCGCUUCGCUUUCGGCUCGUGUCCGUGUCGGAGCUGCGGCGGAGCAGGUCGAGAAGUUGAAGAGACGAGAGGCGGCAGUAGCACAUAGCGUGAUAAUGACAUACUGCAGCACGUCAGUUUGUGGAAGGACUCUCGCGUCAAACUGUUCUUACAUGCUUUGAGCACAAUAAAAUGUGAACACUGGGCAUCCAGCAGCAAUGCGAUGUCACUGGGGCACAGCUCUGAAAAGCGGUGUUCUUUUCUUCGUGCUUGUCUUCCUCUACAUGUACUUGAACCUCUUCAGCGCCAAGACUUCGGUGAGUACACUACGCCGCCCACUUUGUUUUCUCCCUUUCUCACUCUUGGGUGCACUUUCCAUUCCGUGCUAGCACCUUUCUCUAUUUCAGUGACAACAAGUCUCACUGCUAUUUUGAACUUUAACCAAGGUUUUUUACAGGGAUUUGUGUUCAUACAAGGCAGAUAAACUGGACAAUAAUAAACUACGAUUAUUUCUAAUUGACCGUUGUCAUGACUCUUAUAAUCGUGGACGUAAAAACACCGAAGGGUUUGCUGGCUCUUCUUCCCGAGGAGGCUCUAACUGCCAAAACGUUUUCCCCUCUUCUCAGUAUUAUACACAUUUGACAUAAUUGUACAAAUUCUGACCUUAUUACAUGCAGCUAAAAUUAGACCUCUGCAUAUGUGCAACUAAAGAGGACACUUAAUUCCCCAAAUAACUAGAGUCUUGCCAGGUUUGACGUGAUGUUUUUCAAGAUUCAUGAUGCACACAGAAUUCCACUCGUAAUGGGGCUAAAUUAGCUUUUGUGUCCUUAUGUUCAACCUGUAGCCUCACAGUUGUCUCACCAUCAGUGUAGAGCUUGGUCUGUUCAGGUACACCCAUCCCUCAUACCAUGGGAUAAUGAACUUGCACCUGUUCAGAUGGCCUGUUUCGCUCACCAGGGUUUAGCUCACUGUUUCAUUAGAACUGCUACAAGCAGCAAAAGUGUACCAGCACAGUGGCAGUGUACAGCCAUCAUGCUGUAAUCGUAAAUCCAUGUCUGCAUCUAAAGCUUUUCAUCUGUUCAUGUGUGAUGCUCUUUUGUUCCUCCUUAGUUGUACGUUGUUUUCCAGAAGGGCAUGUGCCUAUUGAAUGAAUAAAAGUAAAUGUAAAUGUAAACUGCUUGUUAGGAUUCUCCUCCAGUGCAUAACUGACAACCCUAAGUCAAUCACACUGUCUCUUCCCUCAACUUGUCUUGUUUUCCACGGUCUCUUUACCCAUGUUCACUCGCUCCAGGAGACGUCUGAGGAGAAGUUGUGGGCAAGGGAAAUUGUGUCACAGCAAUUAAGGUCUGACAGGAACUUGCAAGUGUUUCACCACCUUAAAAAUGACUUUGGGAAACUCAAUAUGUCCUACACAUUCCUCGCGGGUUACCCCAAAACUACCCUCAAGUACCUUACCGUGGGUCUGUCCUCUGUUAAGAGGAAGAACGGAUUCUAUCUUCUGGACACGCUUCAGUCCAUCUUCUCCCAGUCUUCAGAGGAGGAGCUUCAGGACAUGGUGGUGGUGGUGCUCCUGGCAGACUUUGAUAUGACCUGGAACCAGCAGGUGCUGAGCUCAAUCUCCGAGAGAUUCUCAAGCCCUAUCCUCAAAGGCCAGCUCCUUGUCAUCCACUUACCUCAGGAAUACUACCCACCUUUGGAGGGCCUCAAAAGAAACUUCAAUGAUGCCCCGGACCGCGUCACCUUCCGCUCCAAACAGAACGUGGACUAUGCCUUCUUGCUCAGCUUCAGCGCUAACCUGUCACAGUACUACCUCAUGCUGGAGGAUGAUGUGCUCUGCUCUAGGAACUUCCUCACCACCAUAAGGAUGUUUAUCCAGUCUCGUGGAGGCUCAGCGUGGGUGACCCUGGAGUUUUCCAAACUGGGCUACAUAGGCAAGCUGUACCAUUCCAGCGAUCUACCCCGUCUGGCCUCCUUCCUCCUCCUCUUCUACCAGGAGAUGCCUUGUGACUGGCUCCUUGGCUACUUCACUAAACUGCUGGCCCAAAACAUGCCCAUCCACUUCAAGCCUUCUCUGUUCCAACACGUGGGCCUGUACUCAUCCUUCCGUGGCACCUACAACCAUCUGAAGGACGAGGACUUUGAGGCAAACCCCCUCAACGUUGCGGACAACCCACCUGCUGAUGUUGUGACUGACAUCAUUCCCUUCAAAGAGUAUACACCCGAGCAAGCCUACAGCUCCAGGACUACUUUCUUCUGGGGCAAGAGCCCCUUAGCAGGCAGCCACUUCACUGUCAUCUUCCACACACCAGCCAUUGUGACACGCAUCUCAGUCCAAACAGGCUUGCAGGACCGGAAGGACAUUCUGACUUCUGCAGAGGUCGAGGUGGGACGCAGCCCAGUGCACACAGAACGAGGGCCCACGUGUUCGCAGUAUGCUAAACUGGGCCCCUUGGUUGAUGGCCAGUUCGACAGGAAGGACAUCGAGGGGGACGCCGCAGUGUCUUGCCUAAGAAUCUUAGUCACAAAGAGCCAGGAGCAAUGGGUUAUAAUUCGGAGUGUAAACGUUUGGACCAAAGAGGAAAAGUGAAGGAGGACAUGCAGAAAGUUCUCUCCGUUUGAAGAUUUAAAUUUAUUCAUUUAGCAGAUGCUUUUCUCCAAAGUGAGUUGAAUGCAAUGAGCUCU